AUGAUAGCUUUUUGUAUAUGUCAGUUGAUAGCACAAGGAUUGGAGAACCUAAGUUACGAAGAGGAAAUUGAAUUGUGGAAUUUGGAAAAUGAGCAAUUUGCAGAGUUGUACAAACUGAAGGAGGUUUGGGAAGGAGAAAUAUCUGGCAUCGACUGCAAGAAGAUGAUGCUGCUUGUCUUCAGUUACUGCGAAUGUCAUUGCCAUUGUGAUACGCUUCAAACUAAUUAUGGACUACAACCAACAUUAAAUAUAACCAUUGAAGAAGGUGUUGCUAUGUUUCUACGGAUAUGUGGGCACAAUGAAGUUCAAAGAGAUGUUGGUUUGAGAUUCCGAAAUCAAGAGACUCAACUGAACAAUUGGCAUGAUUAUAUUAGAACUCCAACAAGAGAAGAACUACACCGGAUUCCUAAAAGACUUUUCGUAGAUCGAACAUAUUAUCUAUUUUUUAGUGGAUUCGUUGGAGCUAUGAAUGGGACACAUGUAUGUGUAAAAGUGAAGCCUGAGUUACAAGGAAUGUAUUGA